AGCUCCAGUCUUAUCCCAAGAUGGGCAUUCGCCCGAGGCCCCCAAGUCGCUUGUCGAGUCUCCACCACAAGCGGGGUCCGUGAGUUUCGUCAGGGGUCGACCGCCACACGCCCCGUGGAGGGAAGAUUCCGUGUCACCGUGCGUACAGUAGAUCGCUGACCGGACGCGGAAUCCUCGAUCCCUCGAUCCACCAGAUCCCUCGUCAACGAACACAAAUGCAACCAUCCUCUCCACGACUUACCAUGAGCUUAGAUCCUAUCUUUCGAGGUCGGAAUGUCAGACAGAAGGACGUCGCUCGACAGCAGCGAGUCGAGCUGCAGUGGCAGGGACCCAAGGGGAACGAGUAACUUCGAAUUCGUCUCGGUCGUGCCGACUGCAGAUGGGCGUGCGAAGCCAAACCGUCAGGCGCUGGUGAGGAAGAACGCCGCCAGAUACCAAUGGAGAAAGAAUAAGUCGGCGAAGCCUCUCGUCCGAAAGCCUGUCGGGCCCGGUCCCUCCAGGAAAUAUAGUCCUGUGGAGGAUGACGAGCAUCCAGGCAAAGAAAACCAGGUCACGGGAUCGAGAUAUGGUCUUCAUCAAUCCCGUCUUGCCCUGCAGACAUAUUAUUUAUCGCUUGCACAGGAUGAAAAGGUUGCAAAAAUUAUGACUUACAGCACCGGAGCGGUCCUCCCUGCGAUAAUGCCGAGCAGCAACCCGAGCAUUGAUCAUGCGGGAAACAAAGUUUUGGUCCAACUGAUCAUUACCGAUCCUCUGCUUUUCCAAAUCUGGGAGUACCACACGGAACUUCAUUACCGAUUCAAAUUUGGACGCCAUCUUGUCGGACAUUGCGAUUUCUUAGAGUCCUACUCCCAGAUCAUCGAAUCCCUGAACCAAAGGAUGCGAAAUGUAGAGACUCAAUGCUCAGACUCAAGCAUUCUAUGUGUCGUGGGUGUGACCACAUACGGGCCUCUGAUGGCUAAGCCACUCGAGAGGACUAGGUGGCCUUCUCAGGGGCCUUUGACGAAUCUAAAUUGCUUAGACACGCUUGGCCGGCUUCCUUCAGUUCAAUUGCACAUCAACGGCCUGGCUCAGUUGGUCGGAAUGCGUGGAGGAAUCCAAAAUGUCAAGACCCCAGGAAUGGCGCCAUUGAUUUCCCUUCUCGACAUCAUCGCGGCGAUGAGACUUCUCAUCCCGCCCAAAUUCCCUCACAUACCAUGGAACGACGAACCUGUCCUUUAUGAAACGCUAGAGGACCCAGAAGGAUUGCCCGCCUCUAUGUCCAGCAUCGGAAGCGGAUUCCCCGAGCACUGGAAACAUUCUAGUUUCCAACCCCUUCAAGAUCUUUUCACCGCUAUUCGAUCUAUGGCCGGUUACACGGUCCUUGUUUACAACCACUGUCAAGGAGUAGCAACACAGAGCCUCGGGACGUUGACUGACCACAGGAACUCAGUUCAACAUCGUGUGCUCUCCUUGCCCCCGUAUCCAAAUGAGCAGUGUGGCUUCCUGCCCCCAUGUCCAUAUGAACAGUGCAGCGAGCCAAUCUACCAGCUCUACGAGAGCACUCGCUUAGCCGCGCAAAUACUUCUCCUCUGGAUAUUGGUCAUGGGUGCAAUCAUGACACUUGGCACAUUGGACAGGUUUUACUUCAUUUCCAUACUGAGCACCGUCUCCAGUCAAUUGCAGAUCGAGUCGUGGCAAGAGAUGAAGUCCAUACUGGUCGCCUUUCUUUGGCUUGAUAUGACAAAUGAUAUUGAUGGCAGGGAUAUUUGGGAUGAACUGAACCACCCUUCUUCCAAACAUAGUGGAUCAACACGAUUCAAUUCGCCGUGCCCAUCUCUGGUUCCCUCCCUCGAUAUGACAAUUCGAACGCGGUCUACCUCGGCGACGGAGAUAGAAGAAAUCCCGGCUGCAGACCAACCUUUCUCGAUUCCCUCGUGAGUUCGUCUGCCAGGAGUGGGCAGUGCAAUACAGGAUUCCCACUGUCCAUAUCAGCCUUUUGGCUGCCAGACACGAUCUCUUCCGGACCGGUCUCAACGACGCCGCAUACGGCUCAGAAAUCGCUCCACGAUUGCCUCCACUACACAG